GGAUAUUAAUAUUUCCAUGUGGGACAUUAUUUCCCAACAAAUAUACUACUCUUUUGCUACAAAGAGCCACAAACAUUUCAAAGAAGAAGGAAACAGAGAACAGAGAUUAUGGCAAAGAUUCAGAGGUGUAACUAUGUUAUGUAUCUCUUGGUUUUAAUACUCUUGACCAUGAAUAUAUUCUUUUUUAUUAAAGAGUUGGAGUCGAAGAGUAAAUGCAGAGAGCAGGAGAAGAAGAAUCAGGGGAAGUUGAGUUGGAGCCAGAAAGCAGCAGAGGAAGCAGAAGCAGUAGCCUCAAUUUCAUGCUCAGGCCAUGGAAAAGCCUAUCUUGAUGGCCUUAUCGUAGAUGGAAUUCCUACUUGUGAAUGUUAUACUUGUUAUACUGGACCUGAUUGCUCUUUACUUAUCCCCAACUGUUCUGCUAACGCUUUCGGUUGGGAUCCUCUAUUCUAUGAGCCAUUCUGGAUGGAAAAUGCAGAAAGCAGUGCAGUAGUGAUAGCAGGUUGGCAUAGAAUGGCCUAUUCCUUUCCUGAUCCAACCUCUCACCUUUCCCAGGAGCUCGAGAAAACCAUUAGGAAGUUACAUUCAAAUGCCAAGAACGCUAUUACUGAUGGAAGAUACAUCGCUAUUGGUGUUGGCGCUAGUCGCCUCCUCAAUGCUGUAGUUCAUUCUCUUUCCAUGGAGAAUUAUUCUUCCUCUCCUUACCCUGCAAAAUUUUACGCAAAACCCCCUCAUUAUCCGUUCUAUAAGCUUCAAACGGAUUACUUGCAAACACGACAUUAUGAAUUUAUCGGAGAUCCAUCCAUGUUGAACAACUCUGAUAAUAUUGGUGGAGAUGUGUUUGAGUUUGUGACUUCACCAAGCAAUCCAGAAGGGAAUUUAGAAGGUCCAGUUCUGAAAGGCGGCCCAAAUGUGAAGUACAUUUUUGAUAGGGUAUAUUAUUGGCCUCAGUUCACAGCAAUUCCAGCUCCUGCUGAUGAUGAUCUCAUGAUUUUCUCCUUGUCUAAGCUAACUGGUCAUGCUGGAACCAGGCUCGGGUGGGCUGUUGUGAAGGAUGUGAAUGUGUAUAAUAGAAUGAAGGAGUAUAUUCAUCAGGCUGAUAUGGAGAUGUCUAAAGAUACACUAUUGAGAGCUUUAACUAUUUUGAGAGUUGUUAAUGAAGGAGAUGGCAAGAAAUUCUUCAAUUUUGCACAUGAAAUCUUGAGGGAUCGCUGGGAAAAAAUUAGUCAUAUCUUCUCCUUUUCUAAACGUUUCAGCAUUCAACAUAUUCCAACUCAGUAUUGCACAUUUCUUGACAGAGCAAGAGAACCAUCUCCAGCAUUUGCGUGGGUAAAGUGCAAGAGGGAAGAAGAUAAAAACUGCACACACGUCUUCUUCGAAGAAGCGAAAAUCAGAGGUCAUCCAGGCACCGGAUUCUUUGCAGAUAAUACUUAUCUUCGGCUCGGUCUGGUAACGCGUCGGCAUGAUUUUGAUAUGCUCAUUUCUCGAUUGGAACAAUUCAUUUCUCAAGAAGAUGAAAACGGUUAUUGUAUAUCGCCAUCAAUCAACAACCAGUGAUCAACUCUUUUAGACCCACUUCGCAAUUAAAAAGUGAUCCACUUCCAGGAUUUUGGCGAGCAGAGUUAUCCCGUGGAAUACUCAAGGUCAGAGGCGAAUCCAGGAUUUAAUAGAUUGGGUGUUAUUGUAUUUAAUGUGAACUUAUCACUAGUCAAGGAGGUUGAAAUAGGGUGUGCAUCUGAUCGGUUCGCUCAGUUUUGAAUUAAUUCGUUCGGUUUGAUCAAUUUUUCAGUUAAUUCGA